GUUCCCUCCUCCUCCUCCUCCCAACCCGGGCUGACAGACGGCAGAGGGCUGCACAGGUAGCGGCAGUGGUGCGCAAAUCGUCCUGCUGGUCCACCGAGCGACAAUUCCCUCCCUGCGUGACUCGACUGGAGAGUGUGGAGGUGCGGUGCGAGCUCCAACCCCGCGUCACCACCACCAUCAUACCCGCACCACCUCACCGCCCUCCCCCCCGCUCAGGUCACCUUAGCGCGCGCCUACCGGCAUUUUCCAUCUCCCGUCUCCGAAGAUGAUACCUGGCAAACGAAGAGCUGCAGUCAUGUCCUUCUCGGUGGCGAUAGUCGGAGCCCUGCUGCUGCAGUCCGUCUCCUCUCAGAACGAGCCGUCAAUCAGCUAUUCUGAACACACCACACUUCCUGUGGAAGGAGACUUUUACACACUGCAGUGCAACCUGACAAGCGCCCACAGCGUCCACCAGGAGAGCUACUGGAUGAAGAACGGGGAGGAGAUCCCGGAAACACGCACCCCAAAUAGGAACACCGAGUACAGGCUGAACAAACCAAGAGGAGAUGACGCCGGAGUGUACAUGUGUGUCUACACCUUCGAGAUGAGUCCUCCAGCCAACGCCACCAUCGAAGUUAAAUGUGCUCCAGAGAUUACAGGCCACAAGCGCAGUGAGAAUAAGAACGAGGGCCAGAAUGCUCUUCUCUACUGUAAGUCUGUCGGUUUUCCUCACCCCGUCUGGACCUGGCGCAAGUUCGAGAACGGCAUUUUUAGGGAAAUCGACAACUCAACUGGACGCUUCUUCAUCAACAGCAGAGACAACUACACCGAGCUCCACAUCGCCAACCUGGACAUCGGGUUGGAUCCUGGCGAGUACCAGUGCAACGCCACCAACAUGAUCGGCAGCCGCGAGGAGAAGUCUGUGCUGAGGGUCCGCAGCCACUUGGCCCCCUUGUGGCCUCUGCUGGGCGUUCUGGCUGAGAUCAUCAUCCUGGUCAUCAUCAUCGUUGUUUAUGAGAAGCGUAAGAAGCCAGAUGAUUUACAAGACGAUGAUGACCCAGCCGGACCCGUGAAAACUAAUUCAACCAACAACCACAAAGACAAGAACCUCCGCCAGAGGAACACAAACUGAGCAGCCUGUCUGCUGAGCUGCAUCACACAUGUAUUGACCAUAUGAAGGUAAACAAGAAGAGAAUCCAUACCAGUUGUUAGGAUUUAUCUGCCAUUUAAAAGUCUGGUUAUGGGGGGGUUCAGUGAGGCAUGCCUUAUGAUUUUGUUAUGUGAGCGUGCGAAUCAGGAGGUAUUCAAACCAUUAUGGGACUGUAAACAUUAUAACCAUUGUUGCUGCAUGCAGUUGUUGACAUUAUUAAUUUCUCCCUCUUAUCCACUAGUUUAAGAAUAUUUUUACUUCUUCUGAAAUAAUGCAUGCAAGAUGUUGACCUUCUGUUUGAAGGAUGAAAAGUUUUUCUUCAGUUGUUCUUUUCUCUGAGAGUGGCUUCAUGUAGAUAACCUGUGUGUACUAGAGGAAAAACAAAAACUAAAAAUGCCACCAUAAUCUGGUAUGACAGUUGUGUAUAGUUUUAUCAUUCUGCUGCAUACCAUUUUCUAAGUUUAGUCAUGAUAUCAGACUAUAUCUAUUGCAUUUUAAGGGCUUUGCAAUGUCCCUCUAAAUUUGAUUAAGGUUUACUUUAAUGUAUGUAUGUACUGUACGUGUUAAAUCACUAUAACUGUGUAUCAGAUCAGCAUUGAUAUAAAGACUAUUCAUAUUAUAUGAUGCACUUAAAUGUUAAGAAUAAUGAAAAUCUGUAUAAACCUACUUUAGGAGAUCUGUACUAAUCAUUCUAACAUAUUGUUUUAUAAUUAUGUGUAUUGUACAGCAUGGCUAUUAUCCUAUGCAAUUAUUAUCCAUAUCAAUAUAUUGAAAAUCAUUGCAGCUUUUGAUUUUUCUCUGUGACAAAGCUUUAAAACUAGUAGGAUCACCGUAGAGCGUUGAUGGCAUACUACACAGCUGCAUGAAUUCUCUACAGCUGACGUGGGAGGGCGGUGAAAAAGAAGCCCACGUCAGGACUGACACAUGUGAAGCAAACUGCAAGAUCUUGACUCAUUUUUAAGAAUAAAUAUCUAUAAAAGGAAAAACGAAA